AUGGCAGUGGCAGAUAACACCACAGAAGCAUGUGGCUGUCGCUUCGUCUUCGUUACUCCAACCAUCGCUUGCUCCGCCAGCGAGAGGAAAGAGGUCAACAUUACCGCAUUAGGACAAUGCCAUAUUGCCACUGAACUUAAUAAUCACAACACUGACAUCAAGCAAUCUGAACCAGAAUUUCAACAAGUCAGAAAUCUAUUUCCAAAAGAGGAAUUCAGAAAUACCUAG